GAGGGAGUUCUUCCUCCCGUUGAGGGGAGGGCGGGGCAGAGGGGCUAGAGAUUCAGCUGUGAGAGGCGAUGAAAGGGAGGCGGGGGAAGCUAGGGCUGGGCGUGGCAUGGGUGAAGUUAGCCUGGGGUUGGAGGCCACAGCAGGUCCUCCUUCCUGGUUCUUGGGAGAUGCAAAUGAUAGGAACAAUAGGGCCCCUGUCCCCAGGCCAUUUGUGGUAGAACCUGGGCUCUGGGGAGGCAGAGCUCCUUCACCCUAGCCAUGGAGAAGCUCAGCAGACGAAAGGCCAGGUCGGGGCCACCGCUUCCACCUCCAAGAUGUGCAAUCUCCUGUUCAGACUCCCAAGCUUGGAGAAAAGAUGAACCCUGCCCAUCUCCUCUGUCUGUCCCAAGGACCUGGAGACACAGGCAUCCCUUCCUGGAAGCCCCAGAGGAGGAGGAAGAGGAGGAGGAUAAAUAUGAGCUGCCCCCCUGUGAGGCUCUGCUCCGCCACCUCGCCCCUGCCCAACUUUCUGGCAUUGAGGAGGACUCUUUGUACUUGGAUCACUCGGCUCCCCUGGGCCCUCCCACAUCACCACUGCCACCACCACAGCCCCAGCCGGAGAUGGUACACAGCCUCCCUGCCCGCCCCACCCCAGCAUACCAUUUUCCACCCAAGGCAGCGCUGAGCCCACUGGAGGCCCUGAAGCAGAGCUGGCCCUUUGGAAGGCGAGAGCUGGGUGAACCGGCCCGAGCGGUGCCAGGCCCUGCGAAGGAGCCCGAUGAGGACAUCUAUGUGGAGUGUGAGCGCAGUCCAGCCCCUGCCUUUACUCAGACUCUGAGCUCCCCAGUCCUGACGGCCCCAGUCCCCCUACCAAGGAUAUCCGUGGGGUCCAGGCCCACCAUAACCCCCCAAGAAGCUCAGAAUGGAGCAUCAAAGGCCACCUCUGAAGGGUCUGUACCAAAUCAGGAAGCUCCCAGCCCGUAUCUUAACAUCACUCCUCACUUGGAGGUCACGCGUGGCCCAGCCGAAAGGAGAACCUCUCUUUCUUCUGUAGCCGCCGCCCAGAACACCUCAGCUGCCCAGGAAGGCAAUCUGCUGGGUCAGCCUUGGUACUCGGGGAACUGUGACCGCCAUGCUGCUGAGAGCGCCCUGCUCCGAUGCCAGAAGGAUGGAGCCUACACCGUGCGCCCCAGCUCAGGCCCUCGUGGCACCCAGCCCUUCACCCUGGCAGUACUUCUCCAUGGCCGAGUCUUCAACAUUCCCAUCAGGCGGCUGGCUGACGGGCGCCACUACGCCCUGGGCCGGGAGGGCAGGAACCAUGAAGAGCUCUUCUCCUCCGUGGCCGCCAUGGUCCAGCACUACACGCAGCAUCCCUUACCGCUCCUGGACAGACAGAGCGGCAGCCGGCAGCUCACCUGCCUGCUCUUCCCCACCAAGCCCGGACGCCACAGCACAUGUGAGGCCUCACCUCUGGCCCCAUAGUUUGCCCCUUGGGCUGUCUCCCUCGCCUCUUCCAGUUUUCCAUACCCCCCCUCCAGACUCCCCAUCCUUUGUCCCAGUCCCUCCAGGCCCCUGGGAAGGAUGGCCCAGAGACAGAAAGUGUCCCCAAGUCCCCACUCCAUCCUCACCCAAAGCCUGGAAUUGCUACUCUGCUCCCCCCUCCAUUGGGAAGCAGGGGACAGGCAGGGCCCCCGUUUGCAGCCCCCAGGCAUGGCCUCCCAAGCUGCUCUGAAUGAAGCCCUUCUGGGGGAAGCUGAACCUCACGGGAGAGUCUGGGCAGUCCUGCUUGAACACAAGGAGAAACCACCGGCAUUUUAUAAGAGGUUUAACAGGGAGUUGGCCUCUGGGAGAGACUUGAUGGCACUGCACAUAGUUUUGCUUUCAAUAAAUAUUUGUUGAAUGAAUUCUUGAAUUCUGUUGAGCGAAGCAGAGACGGCCUCUUCCGUGAGGCGCCACGGUUCUCAAGUGUCCCAGGGCACAGCCUGGGCCUGGGAGUGCUAGAGCAGUAGUGGCCAGGCCAGAAGGGCCAGCCCCUUUUCUGCCCCCUGGCUGG